AUGUCCCACCACAAGAAACGUGUUUACCCACAGGCUCAGCCCCAGUAUGGACAGAGUGCCACUCCUCUGCAGCAGUCAGCGCAAUUCAUGGCUCCUCAGGACCCGGCAGCCGCUGGAAUGAACUAUGCGCAGAUGGGAAUGCCACCGCAACCUGCAAUGGCGUCCAUGGGCCAACAGCAAUUCCUGACACCUGCUCAGGAGCAGUUACACCAGCAAAUUGAUCAGGCCGCCACUUCCAUGAACGAUAUGCACUUGCACAACGUGCCUCUGGUCGAUCCUAACGCUUAUAUGCAGCAGCAGAUCCCCGUGCAGAUGGGCACGCCCCUGCAGCAACAGCAACAGCCGCUAUCUUCACCCGUUUACGGUCAGCCAAGCGCCGCAAUGGGCCAGAGCAUGAGACCCAUGAACCAGCUGUAUCCGAUCGAUUUGUUGACGGAACUGCCUCCUCCAAUUACCGACUUGACCUUGCCUCCCCCACCUUUGGUUAUUCCACCAGAGAAAAUGCUAGUUCCAUCGGAAUUGUCAAACGCGUCUCCGGAUUAUAUCAGAUCGACUUUGAACGCUGUUCCCAAAAAUAGCUCCCUGUUGAAGAAAUCUAAGCUACCAUUCGGACUGGUUAUCAGACCAUACCAACACUUGUACGACGAUAUCGACCCGCCCCCAUUAAAUGAGGAUGGUCUGAUCAUCCGCUGUCGUCGUUGCCGUUCUUACGUGAACCCCUUCAUCACUUUUAUCGAGCAAGGCAGAAGGUGGAGAUGUAACUUUUGUCGUCUGGCUAAUGACGUCCCUAUGCAGAUGGACCAGAGCGAUCCGAACGAUCCAAAGAGUAGAUAUGACAGAAACGAAAUUAAAUGUGCUGUUAUGGAAUACAUGGCUCCCAAGGAAUAUACUCUAAGGCAACCUCCUCCGGCCACGUACUGUUUCCUGAUCGAUGUGUCCCAAGCGUCCAUCAAGAGCGGGUUGUUGUCCACCACCAUCAACACUCUCUUGCAGAACUUGGAUUCCAUCCCUAACCACGACGAAAGAACCAGGAUUUCCAUUCUAUGCGUGGACAACGCCAUCCAUUACUUCAAGAUUCCAUUGGAUUCUGAGAAUAAUGAAGAAUCCACCGACCAAAUCAAUAUGAUGGACAUUGCCGAUUUGGAGGAACCUUUCUUGCCCAGACCAAAUUCCAUGGUUGUUUCGUUGAAAGCCUGCAGACGAAACAUUGAGACUCUAUUGACCAAGAUCCCUGAAAUCUUCCAGUACAAUUUGAUCACCAGUUUUGCGUUGGGCCCCGCUUUGAAGUCGGCCUACCAUUUGAUUGGUGGUGUUGGUGGUAAAAUCAUCAUAGUAUCAGGUACUUUGCCUAAUCUGGGCAUAGGGAAAUUGCAAAGAAGAAACGAAAGCGGUGUUGUCAACACGUCAAAGGAAACUGCCCAAUUGCUGUCUUGUCAAGACUCAUUUUAUAAAAACUUCACCAUUGAUUGUUCUAAAGUGCAAAUUACUGUGGAUUUAUUCUUGGCCUCUGAGGAUUACAUGGAUGUUGCAUCAUUGUCCAAUUUAAGCCGUUUCACCGCUGGUCAAACCCAUUUCUACCCCGGAUUUUCAGGUAAAAAUCCAAACGAUAUUGUCAAAUUUUCCACUGAAUUCGCCAAACACAUUUCCAUGGAUUUCUGCAUGGAAACUGUUAUGAGAGCCCGUGGUUCCACAGGUUUAAGAAUGUCCAGAUUUUAUGGCCAUUUCUUCAACAGAUCCUCUGAUUUGUGUGCAUUUUCCACCAUGCCAAGAGAUCAAUCAUAUUUGUUUGAAGUCAACGUCGAUGAAUCUAUCAUGACCGAAUACUGUUACAUUCAAGUAGCAGUGCUAUUAUCUUUGAAUAACAGUCAACGUAGAAUCAGAAUCAUUACAUUGGCCAUGCCUACCACGGAAUCCUUGGCCGAAGUAUAUGCAUCUGCUGAUCAAUUAGCCAUAGCGUCAUUUUACAACGCUAAGGCGGUGGAAAAGGCAUUAAAUUCCAGUUUGGACGAAGCAAGAGUGUUGAUUAAUAAAUCAGUGCAAGAUAUUUUAGCCACAUACAAGAAGGAAAUAGUGGUAUCUAACACUGCAGGUGGUGCUCCAUUAAGGUUAUGUGCCAAUCUAAGAAUGUUCCCGUUAUUGAUGCAUUCUUUAACUAAGCACAUGGCAUUUAGAUCUGGUAUUGUUCCGAGUGAUCAUCGUGCCUCUGCUUUGAAUUGCCUAGAAUCAUUACCGUUGAAAUACCUAAUCAAAAACAUCUACCCUGACGUUUAUUCAUUGCAUGAUAUGGCCGAUGAGGCUGGUUUACCAGUACAAACUGAAGAUGGCGAAACCACUGGCACAAUUGUUUUACCUCCACCCAUCAAUGCCACCUCUUCACUGUUUGAAAGAUACGGCUUAUACUUGGUAGAUAAUGGUAAUGAAUUAUUUUUGUGGAUGGGCGGUGACGCUGUCCCAGCAUUAGUAUUUGACGUGUUUGGUACUCAAGAUAUCUUUGACAUUCCAAUUGGCAAGCAGGAAAUACCUAUUGUGGAGAAUUCAGAAUUCAACCAAAGAGUAAGAAACAUUAUCAACCAACUGAGAAGUCAUGACGAUAUUAUCACCUACCCGUCGUUGUAUAUUGUUAGAGGUUCUUCUUUGAGUGAGCCUGUAAACCAUGCAUCUGCUAGGGAAGUCGCAACUCUGAGACUAUGGGCUUCGAGUACCUUAGUAGAGGAUAAGAUUUUGAAUAACGAAAGUUACAGAGAGUUCUUACAAAUCAUGAAAGCUAGAAUCAGUAAAUAA